AUGGGGCACCUUAAAGAAAACCACACAAGAAUAAAUGAAUUCCUUUUGAUGGCCAUAUCCCCCACAUGGGAGUCCCAAGCCAUCCUCUUUGCGGUCUUCCUUCUGGUUUACGCAUCUACCAUAGUAGGAAAUAGUCUUAUCAUGCUGACAGUGACUUCUGACCUUCGACUGCAAACACCUAUGUACUUCCUGCUGGGGAACCUCUCCUUCGUGGACCUUUGCUACUCCACAGUCACAACCCCUAAAAUUCUAGUGGACCUUUUGUCCAAGAAGAAGAGCAUCUCCUUUGAUGCCUGCAUGGCCCAGCUCUUUUUCCUCCAUUUUGUGGGUGCUACCGAGAUGUUCCUUCUCACCAUCAUGGCCUAUGACCGGUAUGUGGCUAUUUGCAAGCCUCUGCACUAUCCCAAUAUCAUGAACAGGCAGCUUUGUAGCUGGCUGGUGGCAGCCUCUUGGACUGGGGGCUUCAUCCACUCCACAGUCCAGUUAGUUCUCACUAUAGGGCUUCCCUAUUGUGGGCCCAACCAACUGGACAACUUCUUCUGUGAUGUCCCACCGGUUAUCAAGCUGGCCUGCACUGAUACCUACAUCACUGAACUCCUCAUAGUCUCCAACAGUGGCCUCAUCUCAAUAAGCUGCUUUGUCAUCUUGGUUGCUUCCUAUGCCACCAUCCUGGUGAGGAUCCGCUCCCCUGAGGGACGGCGCAAAGCCCUCAAUGUCUGUGCCUCUCACCUAAUGGUGGUGACAUUGUUCUUUGGUCCUUGCAUCUUUAUCUACGGUGGGCCCUUAUCCACUAUCUCAGUAGACAAGCUGACCCCUGUCCUGUACAAUAUCAAUAUCAUUACUCCCAUGCUGAAUCCAUUGAUCUACACUCUGAGAAACAAAGAUGUUAAGUCAGCCAUAAGGAAGCUGACAGGGAAGGAAACAAUUUCUGAUGGAAAGGUAGACAUGUGAUUCCCUGGAUUAUUGCUUAUAGAGACCUUCACAGCAGCAUAGUUGGGUGUAGCAUGUAAUUGGAGAGUGUUGAAAGCAACCAUUUUUGAUAAAAAUUGGACUGAUCUUUUAAAAAUGUGCUUUGGCACAUUUGAAAUAUGAAUUAAGUACCCAUCAUAUUCUUUUUUAAUGCUGAGGAGUUAGUAAGAAAUCUAAUUAACAAGAACAAUAAGAACCUACAGGCUUAAUCAGCAAGUCCUUUAUCAGUAAGGAGGCUUCAUUUUUAAAAACCAAUAUUAUGGCACUGUAGUUUUCAUUUCCUAUGCAAAAGCCCUGCUAGCUUCUGGUCAAAUCCCUAUUAUUACUGCCUGACUGUGAUGUAGAUAUCAUUGGCAAUCAAAUAAAAAAGAGGUUAAAUGCAUGUGAAUAUAACCUGUAAUUAAAUAAACUUAGUAUGUGUAUUAAACAAAAAUAUCAGUUUUUGAUAUAUAACAUUCAAUAAACCUGAUAGUGUGAUAUUUUAAGUUGCAGAACUGGGAACACUCUUGAGUCCAAAAACAUAUUUCAUUGACACUACCAAAGUAAUUAUUUCUAAACAACCACCCUACUCCAAUUAUUUUGGGGACAUGACAUGCAUGGUCUUUAACCCUUUCUCCCCACACUAUGGUUCUGAUCCAGAUUGCCUAUUCUGAACAUGGAAGGGGAAACUAACAGUCACUUUCUGUGAACCCCUUAGAUCCCUAUGCCCUUCUGUCACCUAUCCUGUAGCCAAAUCCAAGCAGGUGCUACUAAAUCAUUUACAUGCUCUUUCCCUGUUUAUCUCUCUCUACCCUUCCUUCUUUUAAACUGUAAGAUCCUUGAAAGCAGAGCUCUUUUCUUUUUCAUAUUGUAAAGUACUGUGGACAAUUAUGGUGCAGCAACAUCAAUUCCCUUCAAAUUUUUAAAUCAAGAAGGUGCUUACAAAGUACAAAUCCAUCCUAUGGCACAUAAAAGGUAAAGGUAAAGGGACCCCUGACCAUUAGGUCCAGUAUUGACCGACUCUGGGGUUGUGGUGCUCAUCUUGCUUUAUUGUCUGAGGGAGCCAGCAUACAGUUUCCAGGUCAUGUGGCCAGCCCUAGGCUCUGUGGUUUUAGACCCUUAAAAACUAUGGAGUAGUCCCUUAAAACGAAGGAGUAUGUUCCACCGAGAUUUGUACUCAGAUCGCUGGAUUCAGAGUCCAGAGUGCUAACCAUUACACCAUGGAACCUUACACAUGGCACAUAAUAAAUGCCACUUAAAAGUAAACUGUACCGGGGAGGAAUUUCUUUUACAAAUUCUCAAAUUCUUUCCCUCGCUGGAGACAUCAGAGCAGUAACUUUGGCAAGAAACUCCCUUUGCAACCACAAUCAUUCAGCUCCGCCAUACUCAGCACAUCAGUUUGCCCUGCCAAGAUAAAUCAGGAAGUCUUUUCAUUAUUCUCACUUGCUGAUUUUCAAAGGCAUUGGGUGGCACUGGAAUGCCACUUCCCAGUGCAAGAUCUUAGUGGCUGUGGAGAGAUGUUCCUCAUUCAACCUCUGAGUGAGUAAGGAGAGAGCAAGUGAGAUGGACAGGGCUGAUGGGGUAGACAUGCUCUAAAUUUCCUCCCUUAAAACACAAACUAGGCUGCAAAAAAGGUUACAAUCUGUCUUGUAAUUCCCAGAUAGGUGUCCUCCAGAUGUUUCUGAACUACAACUCCCAUCACCAUUGACCAUGCUGUGUGGGAUUGAUUGGUGCUGGGGAUGAAUAACCCUUGGCAGCAUCCCACUGGCUGCCACCAAUUCUCUAUUGUAGGCUUUGUGACUAUAGCUGCUUUUGGGUUGAGAGAUUUUUUCGGCGGGGGGGGGAGGGAUUCUGCAUCUUGUGAUUGUUUCAUAAUUCUUUCAGUUGUCUCGCAGUCCUUAUCAAGCACAAAAGCAGGGCUGGCAUUACCAUUGGGCAAAGUGAGGCAAUUACCCUCAGUGGCACAUGUUGGUACCAUUUUAUAACUUGCUUUGGGUUAGGUUUUGUGAAAAAAGCAGCUAAUUAAAGAUACUUGUGAUGGUGGUGAUAAUAUUACUGCUAUGAGGCAGCAGCUCUCUGGUUUUCCUCUGACACACCACAGACAUUCUCCAAGAUUGUUGAGGCAGACAAAAGUAAACCAAACUGGAAUGAAAAGUAUUUAUAGGAAGCUGAAAGAGGAAUCUCUGUUUGUCCUUUUUCAUUCAUCUGGGAUUCUUUCAUUCUUUUUUGCAUGCUUAUGUAUUUGAAAAGCCUACACAACCUGUUAAACCAGAUUGCCUGCAUCUGGUUCAAUUUGGAAGGUGAUCUCUAGAGGCUUGCUGACAUUUUCCAGUAUAUGUGUUUAUUCAGAAAUAUAUAGGCUGGGUGCAGGUGAAGUUGUAUCCUAAAUAUUCCCCCAGACUGUCCAGGUCCAAUGCACCUCUGUCAGGUUCCUGGGGAGCUGUCCAGCACCUCAAUCACUGUUAAAUCCCAGAGCCCCAAAGUCAUUUCUCUGUCCCUCUGUCUACCCCCCCUUCUUUCUUUCACCGACUGCAGUUUCUUUUCUCAGACAGAUUGUUUUCACCAUUCUUAGCUGUGUUGGAGAGUAGAGAGUGUGAGCCCACAUGAUUUAUUUGAGGGGAGGUUAGGUAACAGUGCAUCAAGGAAGUGUUAAUUCAUACUUUUGUCUGUCCCAUAGCACGAAAGUGCAAUAUUUUUUUGGAGGCAUGUUUGUUGCACAAGACAUCCUAAUCACCUGUAAAUGCACAACCUGAAUUUGCUGGCAUGUGAUUGAACCCUACCUGAAGAUGGUGAUACUCUACUAGCACCCAAAGAGAGAUUUUACUUCUUGGCUAUUCAAAGGGGCAGCUAUUGAAAGCAACCAACCCCCCCCCCGUCAAAUCAGACAUUUGGCAUUUUUUUCAGGACUGAUAAGGCUUUAUCCAACAGCUUUUCCUGGUUCCACCAACCGUCUCAUGUCCAGCCAGCACCACAACCCCCAGUGUACAUUAUAGAUAAAUAUUAAAAUUUCUUAAUGCAGAACUACCGAUGCUCUCAAAAGUUAAAGCAAAUCCUGGUACAUAAAGGAUGCAACUCAGUCUACCCUUUCCCUAGUCCAAGUCCCAUUGAGCACACCAAAUCUGAUCUAGAUUGACAGUGCAAUCCCAUCCAUGUCUACUCAGAAGUAAGUCCCAUCCAUAGGCAUGCAUAUUUUAACUGUCCCUUCACAUUUGCUCAACCUGUAUAUUUGUAAAUAAAGACAAGUAUUAUAAAAUGAAGAUUUAUUUUAUUUUGUUAUAAAUAUAUUUAUAUACUGUUGUAUCAUAGAAAUCUAUCAUAGUGGUUUAUGAUAAUUUAAAAUACGAACCAUACAGUAAAAUCAUUUUACAAAAUAAAAACAAGUUAAAAGCAAAAGAAUAAAAAACACAGGAAUGUUGGCAAUCAAGGAAACAAUUUCUGAUGGGAAGGUAGACAUGUGAUUCCCUGGAUUAUUGCUUAUAAAGACCUUCACAACAGCAAAGCUGGGCAAAAUAUGUAAUGGCAGUGACUCAAAAACAAUAAUUUAAACUAAUGUGUUUUUUAAAAAAACAUGUGAGGGGCAUUGAAACUUUGGAUGUAUGAUUUUAGGACCAAAACUAUUCUUUUGAUUUUAUGGAGGUUAAGAAAUCUGAAUGAUGAUAACAACAGCAAAUUACAAACUUAAUGAGCAAGUCCUUAGACAGUAAGGAAUCUUCAUUUUUAAAUAUAUAUUAGGGCAUUAUGGUUUCCUGGCGUGCUCUGGUCCAUGGGGUCACGAAGAGUCGGACAUGACUAAACGACUAAACAACAAUGGUUUCUGUGUCUUAGGUAGAUUACCUUCAAGCUUCUGACUGAAUCCCAAUUUUUUAUUCCUAGGUGUGAUGUAAAUGUUGCAUAUACUCAGAUAAACAAAGAGGUUUAAAAUAUGCAAAAAUAACAAUAAGCUAAGUAUUCAAUAAAAAAUGAACCUGCUAAUAUAUGGUGCAGUGUGUGUACAUAAAAAUAUACCAAAUAUAUAUUUAUAUGAAUGCUGUGAUGGAGAACCCUUGGGUCUGCCUCUUUGUGACCCAACAGCCAGUGGGAGUUGACAAGUAGAUCAACUUGUAGGGGUGGGGGAAUGGGAUGUCAAGGACUGGCUGGAUGAGGAAGAGCGUUGGAAGCUGCCUGCCCAAGAGCCCCUCAGGAAGGACACAGAUGAUGACUUAGAUCCUGGAUCAUGGUGAUGGGACACUGAAGAGCAGUCUGCAGAAGGGACAAGCUCAGAGGUGCAAGAAGCAAGGGGGUUGAGUGAUCAAGAAUGGUCAGAAGAAGGAGGGCAUUCCAGGAUAGGGUUAGAGACUGAGAGUCACAGUGUGAGCACAGACUCAGACAAAGAGGAGUCAGAGGUUGUCCUUGCUGCCCAACAACAGAACAGUCCCAAUUCUGCUGGCUCUCCUCCCCCUCUGACACCCCGCUUGAGGAGAGUCCUGCACAUUGCCGAACAACAGGCCAAACAGGUCUAGAGGAGGAGCCCCCCCCCCUCAACACAGCCUUCGUCUGCUUGAAACGAAUCCAGAGUGAGAGGCUAGAGGCGGAAGGUCAGGGCUAGUGAUCAAUUUCAGCAACAUCUCAGCUGGAUUAAGAGAAACCAGAGGACUCUACUGGGUUGUUAUUUUCUGUUAAUAAAAAGCUGAUUGUAUUCUGUGUCUACCAUGUGUCCCUGCACUGUGGUCAAUGUGGGUUCUGGCUAGCCGAGCAGACUCAGAUAGGAUAGAGGAAACAGAGUGGGUUAGUGUUGAUGUUAGGAAUAGUCUGUGGCCAGACAAUUUUCUCUUUACCUAAAGAGAGAGUUAAGGUUUGGAGGGGCUGGAAGUGUUCUUUGGGUGGAGUAAAACAAUAGCCAGUCCUAGGAAGCAUUUCUCUGUCUGCUAGAAUGUCUUCAGUAAAGACUUAUUAAACAUCAUUGUUAAGCUACAACCUCUUAUAUAAACAUAUAAAGUUCCUGUUUUGUUAUAAGUGCCUUUACUUCAUUUUUCUGGGUGAGAGCUGAAUGGUCACAAGUUCCCCUUCACCUAUUUAUACCAUCUUGCUUCUGGUAAAUAAAAUACUCUACUACAAUUGGUUUAGACCAGAACCUCUGCUAUGGGAAGAGUACCGGCAGCUGGUCUCAUUUCACCACCUAAGGCAAAACAGGAAUGUAGGCAGAGUCUUGGUCUAUUCAAUACUGUAAAGCCCAGUGAACAUUGGUGUUGCAACACUGUGGAUUGCUUUCAGAUUUAUAAAGCAAGAAGGUGGUUGCAAUGUACAAAUCCAUUCUAAUGGACUUGCUAAGUGAAGAUUAAAGGAAAACUGGCUUGAGGAGGAAUUUCCUUUGCAAGUUCUCAAAGUUUACUGCCCUUCUCUCACUGGGAUUACCAGAGCAGUAACUUUGGAAAGAAACUCCCUUUGCAACCACACUCACCAGCUCCUUAAUCCCUACACAUAUGUGCCAAGACUCAAAGAGAUAAUUAAAUAAGACUUUUAAUUGUUCCCAUUUGCCAGCUUUCAAAGUCAUUGA